UCCGUCUCCCUCCCUCUCUGGAUCUGUCUCUCUUCUUCCUCAGCUUCCUCCUGCCACUCAGACCCUGCUCCCCAACCGCUUCCCUUCCCCCCUCAUCCCUCUCCUCUCGGAGGCUCCCCCAUCCCUCAGCAGCUCCCCUCCCCCUCCCUCCCUCCUCCCUCCUUCUCUCUUCCAGCUCCGCACUUUACCCAGCGACACGAGAACCAAAUUGUCUCCUCACCUUUUUUUUUUUUUUUUUAAAAGCCCGACCCUCUCAUUCUGACGGCCCAAGCUCCGAGCUACCCCCAGCUCCCCUCCCCCUCACUCUACACCCCCAUUCUUCAUACACCUCCUCAUCUCCAUCCCCUCUCAACCAGGUCGGACGCCUGGGUCCCUUGCUGCUGGGGGAGGGGGGAGCAGGGAGAAUUGGGAAGCCCAGAGGGGUUUCUGGGGGGAGGGGUGCUGGCAGCAGGGGCUGGACGUCCCUCCCCAGUGCAUCGGAGAGUUGACCUGUCAUUAACUGAGCUGGAGACCAUGGCUUCACUCUGACCUCCGCCUCUGCAGCCACCUGCUCGCUGCCCCCCCCCCCUCUGGCCCCUCGAGGCCCCCCGCUUCUGCCUGUGUUGUGACCCCCCCCAGCCGCAGGCACGGCCCCACCUCCGCUGCCCCGGUGGUGGCCCACGGCCCCCCGGCUGCCCGUGGUCAAACUGGAGUCAUUGAAACGUUGGAAUGAAGAGAGGGGUUUGUGGUGCGAAAAGGGCGUUCAGGUACUGCUGACCACCGUAGGCGCCUUCGCAGCCUUUGGACUCAUGACCAUCGCCAUCAGCACUGACUACUGGCUCUACACACGAGCUCUCAUCUGCAAUACCACCAACCUCACCGCAGGUGAUGAUGGACCGCCCCACCGUGGGGGCAGCGGCUCCUCGGAGAAGAAGGACCCUGGGGGCCUCACACACUCAGGUCUCUGGCGGAUAUGCUGCUUGGAAGGGUUGAAAAGAGGUGUCUGCGUGAAGAUCAACCACUUCCCGGAGGACACGGACUACGACCACGACAGCGCGGAGUACCUGCUCCGAGUGGUCCGGGCCUCCAGCAUCUUUCCGAUCCUGAGCGCCAUCCUGCUGCUGCUCGGGGGCGUGUGCGUGGCUGCCUCCCGCGUCUACAAGUCCAAAAGGAACAUCAUCCUGGGCGCGGGGAUCCUGUUCGUGGCAGCAGGCCUGAGCAACAUCAUCGGGGUGAUCGUGUACAUAUCGGCCAACGCGGGCGAGCCGGGCCCCAAGAGGGACGAGGAGAAGAAAAACCACUACUCCUACGGCUGGUCCUUCUACUUCGGCGGGCUGUCCUUCAUCCUGGCCGAGGUGAUCGGCGUGCUGGCCGUCAACAUCUACAUCGAGCGCAGCCGCGAGGCGCACUGCCAAUCUCGCUCGGACCUGCUCAAGGCCGGCGGCGGCGCGGGCGGCAGUGGCGGGAGCGGCCCCUCGGCCAUCCUCCGUCUGCCCAGUUACCGCUUCCGCUACCGCCGCCGCUCCCGCUCCAGCUCCCGAGGCUCCAGCGAGGCAUCGCCGUCGCGGGACGCGUCUCCCGGCGGCCCCGGAGGCCCGGGCUUCGCCUCCACGGACAUCUCCAUGUACACGCUCAGUCGCGACCCGUCCAAGGGCAGCGUGGCUGCGGGGCUGGCGGGCGCCGGGGCAGGCGGCGGCGGCGGUGUGGGCGCCUACGGCGGGGCGGCCGGAGGCACGGGGGGCGGCGGGGCGGGCGCCGAGCGGGACCGCGGGAGCGCAGCGGGCUUCCUCACGCUGCACAACGCCUUCCCCAAGGAGGCGGCGUCUGGCGUCACGGUCACGGUCACCGGACCUCCCGCUGCGCCCGCGCCCGCGCCGCCCGCUCCUGCAGCGCCCGCGCCUGGGACCCUGUCCAAAGAGGCCGCCGCAUCCAACACCAACACGCUCAACAGGAAAACCACGCCCGUGUAGGGGCGCGCGCCCUCGCGGGGAGCCGGGGGGCGCGUCCGGGGCGCGUGCGCGGGCGCGCGUGCAACGAGGCCGCCGGAUCGGGGUGCCCCCCAGCUCUAUCCCCGCGAGCGCGCUGGACACCGCUGGGCCUUCUAGCCCCUCCCCGCGCCCCUCCGCACCCUCUACCCUCGGGCGUGGGAAGCCCGGUCACGCUCCGAAGCAGGGACCCUUGGGGAGGGGGACGGGACGGGAGAAGGGGCUCUGGCGUGGGAGCGCUGUGUUUUAUUUUUGUGUGGGGGGCAUUUCAAGGGAGGGAGGGAGGGCCGUGGUGUUUUUUGCAGUUUUGAGAUGUUUUCUUUUUAAAUGUUUUGCUGUGUGCAUGUGGGGGCGGGGCGGGGGGAGGGAAGGGAGGGACUCCCAGCCCAGCCCAGCCCAACUCCUGGAGAGGGGCUCAUAACACAUGAAUAUAGAGUUACAUCUACAACUAUAUAUACACAUGUUCUGUAUAAAGAGACAGGCCAGCAGAAGGCAAAGGCCGAGGGAAGGACGCGCUGACAUUUAGUUCACUUUUUCACUCAUCUUUCGACAAGGGCUUAUUAAGCACCUACUAUGUACCAGGUGAUGGGUACAGAAGGCGGUGCUAGGGAGGAGGGGACAUAAACGCAGGCGCAUCCAUUCAUCCA